GCUGAGAACUCAUAUGAGCCAUCGCCUUGGAGAUUAGACACGAUGACUCUACGCAGAAAACAAGGGUGUCCAUCCUGCUGCUAAUCUUUUUAUAUAUACUUAGUAUCUAUAUACCCCAUGGACACUCACACAAAAGUUCUUUCCUCUGGAAUCCGGCACUCAAACCUCCCGGAAAGUUACAUCCGGCCGGAAUCCGAACGUCCUCGGCUAUCAGAAGUUUUACCAUGCAAGGACGUUCCGGUUAUCGACUUGGGUUGUGAAGAUAGGACCAAAAUUGCGCAGCUAAUCGGCGACGCCUGUGCUAACUACGGGUUUUUUCAGGUGGUAAAUCAUGGAGUGACCAUAGAAGAUGUGGAGAAAAUGUUAGGAGCGGCAGAUGAGUUCUUCAAGUUGCCAGUGGAAGAGAAGCUGAAGCUUUACUCAGAUGACCCAUCAAAGACAAUGAGACUUUCUACAAGUUUUAAUGUGAAUAAGGAGAAAGUUCACAACUGGAGAGAUUAUCUGAGACUCCAUUGUUAUCCUCUUCACCAGUAUGUGCCUGAGUGGCCUUCUAAUCCUCCUUCAUUCAAGGAGAUUGUGAGUAAUUACUGUGCGGAAGUUCGAAAACUUGGGUUUCGGUUGCAAGAACUGAUUUCAGAGAGCUUAGGGCUUGAAGGAGACUACAUAAAGAGGGUAUUGGGUGAACAAGGGCAACACAUGGCAGUGAACUAUUACCCACCAUGUCCAGAGCCAGAACUCACCUAUGGAUUACCAGGACACACAGACCCCAAUGCUCUCACAAUUUUACUUCAAGACUCUCAAGUUUCUGGCCUUCAAGUUCUUCAGAAUGGCAAAUGGUUUGCUGUUAAUCCUCACCCAAAUGCUUUUGUCAUUAACAUUGGGGAUCAGUUACAGGCACUGAGUAAUGGCAAGUACAAAAGUGUAUGGCAUAGAGCCGUUGUUAAUGCAGAAAAAGCUAGGAUGUCUGUUGCUUCCUUCCUUUGCCCACAUGAUGAUGCUGUAAUUAGCCCAGCAACUCAACAACAUGGAGUUGGAGCCAUAUAUAGGGAUUUCACUUAUGCUGAAUAUUAUAAGAAGUUUUGGAGCAGGAACUUGGAUCAAGAGCAUUGUUUGGAACUUUUCAAGAACUAGCUUCCUAAUAUUCAAGAGCAUUGUUUGAAUAUUCUUAUCUAUUUCUGCAAAUUUCCUAUAUAUGUUACCAUCAAGGACAUUGGUCAUUCAAUGUGAGGGACACUGCACUAUAAUAUUCAAAUAAAGUUAAUGCUCAGCAUCAA